AAUUUUUAUCUGGCGGUUUUUCGAACGUUUCCGUUACUACAGUAACAAGCUGCCGAUUGGGUCGAUUGCUUGCAACCCUUGGGAUAUUUGACAUAAGGAGUUUGUACUUACGAAUAAAAAUAAACGUGCGAACGGUUCGGUGUUACCCUGUUCUCAAUACAGACUUAUACAGAUGGCUGAACAGUCUCCACUUAUUUCUAGUUUAUUGUCAACUCCCAUGAGUUCAAGUCUUGGAUGUGCACGCUUAGAGCUACGAAAUACACAAUGCACACCUGUAGCAGUAUCCGAUGGCAUGAAACUUUUGCGAUAUGCUGUUUCUUCUGGAGAUUCCGAUAAAGUUUAUAAACUAUUGAAAUGUUCACAUAUAUCACCAAUUGACUAUGGUACUGAUAUGCCUGUUAUCUGUAAAGCGGCUGGGAAAGGUUAUACGGAUAUUGUUGGUCUCCUUAUCAGACAUGGUGCAUCCGCAAAUGCAAGGUCAACUGAUGGUUCUACACCCUUAAUAUAUGCUGCUGAUGGUGGUCAUCUGACUGUUCUGUCACUGCUGUUAAAUGCGGGAGCGUUAGUCAACACUAUUAAUUGCCAUGGCGAAUGUGCUCUUACCCGUGCUACCCGUCGUGGAUGGGUUCACUGUGCACGAUUUCUCUUAAGCCAUGGAGCUAAUCCGAAUCCCAUGCCAUCUGAUGGACAUACUUUUGUGGUAUCACCACUACAUUUAGCUCGCCAAAUGCAUCAAACAGUUAUAGAACAAGAUAUUUUAAAAAGAACAGUUGAGAUUGAUAAAGCUGUUGCUGAAAUAGUAUCAACGACUCUACCAAACCAUCUGACUUUGAUAGAGCCAGGACAUUUACCAGAAACAAUGUCUUUAAGUUUGUUUCCUGUUCAAAUCUUCUCUUCAGAAGAGCUUAAUCGCUUUGUUUUGUACUUUAAAACACCUCCUGGGUAUGGCUCACGCAGUUUACAAACGGGAAAUAAAGAAUCUUCCAGUGGAUCGACACCGUCUGACGAGCUGAUAUUUGUAUAUGUGAUUCGAGCGCAGUUAUCCGUACGUUUGUAUGUAAUAUCAUUAAAUGUUUUACUUUUGCGUUCAAAGUAAGUAAUAAGCGAUCAUUUUAUUACAAAGGUGUUUUCAACAUCCAAUUAUGGAUACGUGUCACGCCUCUAUUGUCUACCACUAGCUAAUAUAGUAGUCUCUCAAACUCAAAUGACCAUUUUUGUACCCUUGAACUAUUAAGUUCGCAGAUAACUUCAUUAGAAUUAGUAGUGACAGUACAAUAGUUAGAUUUUCUCGUUUGUGGUGUCAACAUUGCUUACACACAACAGUCUAAAAUAAUACACCGAAACAGACAAGACAAUAAAAAAACGGUCCAAAUGAAGCAACCACUCAUUGCUGCAGCACGUUAUUUUGUUUAAAAUUCUACUUAAAAUGAGUACGUACCAUGUCUGUCUUUAUCUAAGCCCCUGUAUUUAACUUUUAUCUCUAUAGGACUUUUCUCACAGCACUAAUUCCUUUUUGCUUAUUUCUUUAUUCUACAUUGUUAUCCGGAUUACAUCUUUGUUAAACCGUAUAACUGAUAUAUACAUCGAAAAUUAUCAAACAACCUACCUGUCAAGUCAUUACUAUGAUCACUGUUUAAGCACAAAUAUGCAACACACAAUAAGAAAAUAAGAUUGCAAAGAGAUAAAGGACAAUCAUGUUUCUUGCUGGCUCACUGGACCUCCCAUGGAAUCACUAUCGUUGAGCUUUAAUGGGACAAAAAAACACUGUACCGUGAUACCUUUGUCACCUGAGUAUUCUGGUAUUUGCGUAUAUUCAGUAUCUACAGUAAUUAGGAGUGGUGGACUCAAUACUGUCUGCCUAGAGCUACGAACCCAAGACCAAUCGAUUGGUGAAACAACUCAGGGUGCAUCAUAUGAUUCAGUUGUUCUUGUUGGAGCUUAUCGUAUUCGUCUGGAUGUAACCUCUUUGAUAAUGGCCUCAGUGAAUCCAGUGUCCUCAACAGGAACCACUAAAGCAAGCGUUUACAUCCCCAGAUCAGCAAUAUGAUAUUACUAGCUAUGAAAAAUAUAGAUGUCCUCAACCACUGUAUUCUGUUUCAUCCUAUUAAACAUAGAGGAUUACAAAGAUUUCAAAAUGUACUUGACAAAAAAUAUCACAAGAUAGAAACGACAGUUUUUGUACACAAAUUAUUUUUUACAUAAGUUUGUUUUCAUAUUUGCAGGAAUAAUAUUCAUAUUUAAUUUAGAAAGAAAAUACUGUACUAAACAGACUGAUAAUCAUGCAAUUUUUACAAGU